AUCUCAAAUGUCGGCAUGUUUCUUCCUUAUAUAUACGCUACCGACCGCUGGCGCCAUAUAGCUCUAUCCCGAGCUUCAAUCUCUCCUUCAUCAGAAUAUGAUCUCGGUUUGAAUCUCCCGAGUUCUGCAGAUGAACCUCUUGGCUAUGGCUUCCCUUCAGCUAAUGUUCCAGCUGCAGCCCCCCUGUUCGAUUCAGCGGCAGGAUUCGAAGUUCUGGUAGAUCUGCUGGCGAUACGCCGUCGUCGUCUUGCUUCUGCGAAGGAUGCAUAGAUCUCAACUUAUUGAUGUUGGUUUAUGCCUGUUCCGUUGAGUACUUCAUCCUUCUGCGCUGGCUUCUGGGCAAGUUCGAGGGAGGCGUAAGGAGCUCGGGUUAUGCGGAGAUGGGUGAUCCGUGUUCUUCAGAUGGUGGUUGCCUUGCGAUGUGUUGAUUGAUGUCCAAUUCGACCAUCUUGGAUCGAGUCAAGCUGGAUGGCCUCACGAGGAUUAUUGCGGUGUAAAAGGGUUGGUAACAUCGUUUAUGUGUAUGUUAUUGUUUGAACUGUUUAUGGUAUAUGUGGUGGUUGGUUAUGGGUGCUUCCCUAUCUGGGAAGGGAAGAGGAUGGAUGACACGAACGGUAAGACAUUAGGGUAUGCUGUUUGAAGCGUUAGUUGUUUGUGCUUGCGAUGUUGUGUCAGUCGGCCUUUGCCAUGAUGGGUGCGCUCGCAUGGCAGGUCACAAAAUCUUAAUAAAAGAGAUGGUUUUUGGGUUUUGGAGGAGGGAGAUGGCACAGGGGUAUUUUUUAUUUAGUGAAGUUUCUUCAGCCCCGGCUCUCCCUCCUCCUCGUGUGUGUGUGUCUCUGCUCUCUUUUUUCUCUCCUUUUCCUGUUUCUUGCUCCCUUUCGCUUGCUGCCCACCGGCCACGUUGCUGUGUCAAUGCACUCGAAUUGUCAAACUCCUCCGCUAGGCAACCCAGUCAUCAUACGCAUGCAAGCAAUCAAGAUAGUCCUUAAAGGUACAGAUUUCUUCAUCCUUGCCUCCUUAUUUUUCAAUUACCUCUAGCUCAUUUAUAACUAGCAAAUCGACGUCAGAUCUUCUAAUUCAAGUAUUGUGUUAGGUGAUAACGUUUUUUACCGGACUUAAUUGAUUUUCCAGAUAUCUUAGUUACGAUGUCCUUGAGAAAUGUCUGUGGGAUUAGUUAUGCCUCACAGUUCAUUGAGUUGGGCUGAUAAAAUUCACUUUCUACACCGGCAAAGUGACGCUGUAGUUGAUCAAUCGGGUUAGGGUGAAUAAACUUACCUUCUACAUUUGAACUUAUUUUGAGAUACAGUGGUUCAUCCAUAUUUUCGUCCAACUUUGACCUAUGGUAUCCACACCUACCUGAGUUGGAUGUCGGCAGGAUUAUUUGUUUCCGCUAUGAAGAGCCACAACAACUUUGCACUAGUUCCCCCACUUACCUUCCCAAAACCAGCUCAAAAUUAUGGACGAGAGAACUUGUGCCACCAAAACAAUGUUCAACCACCGGUGCUUUUCAGUAGCUAUAGCUGUCAUUGGUUUCUUGCUUUCUAUUGGUCUUCAGUUUCAUUGAUCUCUCCGGUUUAUUUUGCUUCGACUUUUUCUGCUAUUUAGUUUAACUGCCCCAUUUACAAUGUUAGUAUGGGUGGUUGGGGGUGGGGGGAGCUGUAAUAUCUAUAAGUUGACGUGAUGUAGCACGGUGAAGAAAGUGCAUGUGUUUGUACUGGUUGCCUUUUGAAGGCCCGUUCAACUAGGUUGUAAAAGGGACUGCAAACUGGUUUUGGGCACUCUGGCGAGAUGCUGCUGCUUCUCCAUGUUGGGUAUGGAGGAUCUUUUAGCUGCCGCUGCUGGAUACUGAAGUGAGAUCUGUAUCAGACUCUCAGUUGUAGUCAUUAUGUGAAGAAAGUGCAUGUGUUUGUACCGGUUGCCUUUUGAAGGCCCGUUCAACUAGGUUGUAAUAGGGAUUUCAAACUGAUUUUGGGCACUGGAGAUGCUGCUGCUUCUCCAUGUUGGGUACGGAGCAUCCUUUAGCUGCUGGUGCUGGAUACUGAAGUGAGAUCUGUAUCAGACUAUCAGUUGUAGUCAUUAUGGGGAACAUGACCUAUACUUGGUUUCUGUGCUGAGCCGGCGGAUCGUACUAUCAAAUGCCGACAGCAUGCAAAUCUUUUUGCCGUUGAUCGUAUGAACUUUUGAAUUCGGUCUGCGAAGGUGCUGUCUACGAAUCUGUUAAAGCUGGAUGGUUUUGAAGCCCUAGGAAAGGUUGUCUCCCAGCACAGCGUAGUGUAUUUAGUCAUCUUACUUUCAGUUCUUCGGUCAUCUGGUUCGGAGAUAUCUGCUAGUGGCAUGCGUCCAACUAUCUAUGCCGACUGAGCGCAAUUGUUCCUGCUGUGAUUGUAUAAAUUUUUGAAUUCAGACGGGCAAGCUGUUUUCUGCAAAUCUGUAAGAGCUGGAUGGUUUUGAAGCUCUUGGCAAGGUUGUCUCCCAUCAAAGUGCGGUCUAUUUAGUGAUGUUACUUCACUUCUCCGGUCAUGUAGUCUGGAGAUAGCUGCUAGUGGCAUGCGUCCAUCUAUGAGUAUUGGCAGUCCUUUGUAAGUCUUCAAAUCAGAAUCUUCACCCCUGCUGGGUGUGAGUCUUAUUUAGUCCAUUCAUUGGCUUCACAAUUCGGGGAAAAUCACAUGUUCCAGAAUCAUUCUUGUUGUAGCAUAUACCCUCAGAUGAGAUUCCUCUCUGAAAUUUCUCCAGUAAUUUUACCUCGUGGGUUGAUGAUUAGUUUACUCCAUUGUUUCUGAUUGUCAGUACUAGAGUAUAUUUGUGUAUCAGUGUUUUUCAAGUAGGUUGAAACUGCGACUCGCUAAUGUCAUGGGGGGCUUGUUUUAGCUGGUUGUUUGGCCAGGUCAAUGCAUUGUUUUCCUAGCUCGUCCUUCCAUCUGUUUUUACUUGAUGAUCAGUUCAUUUUGUCAGUAGACUUAGAGUAUAAUUGUGUACCAUUUCACGUCAGGUUGAAGCUGCCACUCACUGAUGUCAUCAGGAUUGUCAGGGGUUUGUUUUAGCUGUAUGUUAGGCCAGGUCGAUGCAUUGUUUUCCUAGCUCGACCUACCAUCUGUUUGUACUUGAUGAUUAGUUCAUUCCAUUGUUUCUGAUUGUCAGUAGACUAGACUAUAAUUGUGUACCAGUCUUUCCAAGUACGUUGAAGGCUUAGCUGGUUGUUCGGCCAGGUCAAUGCAUUGUUUUCCUGGCUCGUCCUUCCUUCCAUAUUUGUGUUUUUAUUAGUUUGCCUGUCUGGUUGGUAUGCUAGAAUGAUUUUAGAAUUUGGUAUUGUCUCUCUUGAGAAUCCCGUAGCAGUAGUCUGGUUUUCCCGUGCCAUUUCCUUGUUCGUAUUUCUGAAAAUGGGAGUCUCGUUCUCUCCCCGGUAUUCGAGGGCAUGGUGUCGAGGAGUUGUGAUUCGAGAGAGGAGGAUCAGUUAAGCUGAUUUGAUGAGGACACUGAAUCUUUGGAGCGGUUAGAUGUUGGCUUGUGCUGGAACCACAGGUGAGCAAAGAUGAUGGAUUGUUGUAUGUUCCUAUCAGUUGCACAGGUGGGCAGGUUGCAAAAAAAGAAAUUCUGCAAGCACCACAGCGACAUUUAUGUCAAUGAAUCUGGGAACGUGCUGUGUGACUUGCGAGUGAUGGAUCCAUUAGCUCAAAAUGGAUAGAGCGUCCAAAGCCUGAACUUUUUUAGGCUUUGGGAGGAUGGUGGUUCGAAUCCACCUGGUUCCCUGUUCUCCCUACUCUUCUGUAUGUGUUUGUUUGCUUUCUGACAAUGUGGUUCAUCUGUUUCUUUGGUUUCCUUUUGUCUGUGUAGCAACUUGAUCUGCUGAUUGACAAGUCAAGUCCCAAUAAUGGGUAGCAAGCAAGGGACACCUGUGUGGUACUGAAGAAACACAAAAUGGCAAGUGGAAUGACAGUGGAAGGCGGGAAGUGAGGUUCUCAGUUCUCUUCCCUUCCCUCGUCGGGCCGGCAGGUGAGUUGUUGGUGCUUUGUUGCCCGCCGGAUCACGGAUUGUUGGAGUCGUUGGUGCUCUCCACAUCUACUCCGACAACGACAGUCCGCAGUC